UAUAACCCUCCUGUCAACUGAAUGCUCUUUGCUAUGUAAUUAAAUUGUUUUGUUUAAUAUGUGCAUGUGUUAAAGCUUGUUUCUUCCCUACGAAUGGAUUUUCGUUCCAGUUCACCUUUUCGUCUUCAAUUCAUGCUUUUGUGUGAGUGUCUUGGAGCUUAUGAUACAGGGUUCGGUCGUCUUGUGUGCCCUUGCUCACUUGGUUCUUCUUUUCCAGGUAAUGGUACCUGAGGCCAUUGCCAUUGUCAUGGCUCCCACUGAUACAAGAAGGAGCUAUGGAAUAUUCAGGCUAUCAGACCCAGGUGGGAUGAGCAUACUGAAGGAGUGCCAAGAGACGGAAUACCACCCUCAUAGAGAACCUGCGGAGGGGAGUCCCAUAUACGAGCACUGCUCCAACGUCUACGUUAAUCCUAAUAUCAGGUUAGAAAUAUGCGAUUUGCGUUGAGGCAGUGGUUGAAAUGCAGAAAUGCUGCUUUUUAUGUGUAUGGUGUAGCAUUUUUAGUGCUUGUAGUUGAACAAGCAUAGCGCUUGAGUUGGGCAGUUGGCCCUCAGAAGUGAACCUGGUAAUUAGUGGGAAGAUGUAAAUGUAAUGUUUCUGUUUUAUUUUUGUUUUGUUUAUAUAUGUUUUGAUAUAAUUAGCUAAGUAACAAUUAAUGCAUUUACGAUGAUUAUAUUCAAGCGAAGUAGUAUGUAUCAAGAUUCCCUCAGGUAAUCAUUCACAAGACACAAAUUAA